UGCCACUCUUGAUUAUGUUACAACUGUAGGUUUCAGUUCUCACGUCAAUCUCCUCCAUCUUCAAUCGAUUUAUCAUACACGGUGCAUUUUAUCGAGUGACACUGUCACUGAGUGUGUAUCUGUGACUCAGUUAGGGAUUUUUCGAAUGGAUUUGGCCCUUUUCUGGCCAUUUUCUGGUCAGUUACGGAGGUGGACAUGUCGGGCGGAGGCUUAAUUCGUUUGAAAGAGUUGGAGUAGCUUGUGCUUUGGUUUCUAUCGCCGUUUCGUCUCUCGGGAGUUGAUGCGGUUCUAGGUCUGCGGCAAUUUUUCAUUUGUGGGGAUUUUAAGAGGUGUAGGUUUUUUUUUCGCCGCUUACCAAUCGCCAUGGCUCCCUGGGAUGCUGCCGCGGACGCCAGGACCAGCGUAGGAACCGAGAAAGCUUUCUCGUUCUUGUCCAAGAGUAUAUCGGAAGUGCAGAAAUCUGCCGAGUCCGAUAUCGAACUCAUCAGAUCCCGUGUAAAAUCAUUCCAGAAUCUGUCGGAGGCUCUCGACAAGGAAUGGGAAAGUUUGAAGAUUCCUGCUGUGGACAACCUGAAAAAUUCUGGAAAGAUCUUGAGGAUGAUGGCGGACACCAGCAAACGAACCCCAGGAAGUUCAUUAUCCUCAGGCGCCGAUUUUAGUUUUCUUGAAAGCCUUAAGCCAACCUUAACUGAUUUCCAACGUCCUUUCUCUGAUCCUGACUUUCAAAGCCGCCACCGAGAUGACUCCAGGGGAAUGAAUCUCUGGCUUCGGAAGCCAUCGUUUUCCAAAGAUGCGGAAUCGGGGCUUGAUUUGUUCUCUCGGAAGGCACGAGACGGGCUUCGAAAUGAGUGGUCUUCUUCUCGGAAGAUGAGUGAUAGGAGUAUGAUUGUUAGAGAUUGGCAGAAAGGACCCAGGAGGAAGAAAUUAAAUAGGAGGUCAAAGCCAGCGUCUGUGGAUGAUUGGGUGGAUGACUGGGAACCUUUGCGGCGCGUGAAAGAAAGUGUAAAGGAGAGUCUGCAAGAGCUUGAAAGCACCGCUGCCACAAGCAAGACGCCUUCGGAGUUUUUCGAGAACGUCAAGAAGACGGAAUUUUAUGAGAAUGUUAAGAAGAACUUGAAGCUGUCAUCAGGCGCGGACGGAAGCAAAGAGAUGUAUAUGUCGAAUGUAGCCCCUUUGGAUGUACCAGAGUUGCUAGAGAAUCUAGUUAGGCAGUCUGAGCCUCUUCUCGGUCAUCUUGGUGUGAGGAAAGAUGUCUCAGAGAAAGUUUGUGAACUUAUAAGGAGUUGUAAGCGAGAAGAUCAACAGCUCUUUCAUCAAUCAUCCAAGACUGGGAAGGACUUGAAUAAAAGUCAAGACAACCUGGAGCUACGGAUAGCUACUGUUUGUCAAAGUACAGGCUACAGAUAUAAAGGGGGUCUUUGGAAUGAUUACGAGAAUACGAGAGGAUCUUUUCAACAAGAUGCCCGUCGUAACAUUGCAAUUGUCACUACAGCAAGCUUACCAUGGAUGACAGGGACUGCCGUGAAUCCACUCUUUCGGGCUGCUUUUCUUGCUAAAGCUGGGAAGCAGAAUGUUACUCUUCUAGUGCCUUGGUUGUGCAAGAAGGAUCAAGAGCAGGUUUAUCCUAACCGUAUGACAUUCGAUUCUCCUGAAGAUCAAGAGAGUUAUGUGCGUGACUGGGUGGAAGCCCGUGUUGGAUUCAAGUCUGACUUCAAGAUCGCAUUUUAUCCCGGGAAGUUUUCAACAGAUAAACGAAGUAUCUUAGCAUCGGGCGACAUUUCUGAUUUCAUUCCAAAAGAGGAAGCUGACGUUGCUGUGCUCGAGGAACCUGAACAUCUAACAUGGUUCUAUCAUGGAAAACGCUGGACGGAUAAGUUUCAACAUGUUGUAGGAAUUGUUCACACCAAUUACUUGGAGUAUGUGAAAAGAGAGAAAAACGGAGCAGCUCGAGCCUUUGCUCUGGAGCAUAUUAACAACUGGAUGGCUCGUGCCUACUGCAACAAGGUGUUGCGACUCUCAGCAGCUACUCAAGAUUUCCCCAGGUCUUCUGUUGUGAAUGUUCACGGAGUUGGCCCGAUAUUCUUGGAAACAGGCAAGCGACUGGCAGCCGAGUCUGGAGAAGGGAAUCCUACAUUUUCGAAGGGUGCUUACUAUUUGGGUAAAAUGAUAUGGGGGAAGGGAUACAGGGAACUUGUUGAUCUUUUUGUGAAAAACAAGGAUCAGCUAUCCAAUGUGGAGCUGGACGUUUUUGGAAGUGGUGAAGAUUCUCAUGAAGUUCAUGCCGAGGCUCAACAGAAUGGACUCCGUAUGAGAUUCUAUCAGGGGCGAGACCAUGGCGAUAAUACUUUACACGGAUACAAGGUUUUCAUUAAUCCAAGUUUGAGUGAUGUGGUUUGCACCACCACCGCAGAGGCCCUAGCGAUGGGCAAAAUUGCGGUGUGUGCAGACCACCCAUCUAAUGACUUUUUCCGAUCCUUCCCCAAUUGCUACUUUUAUCGGACACCCGAAGAGUUUGUCGAGAAGGUGCAGCAAGCAAUGGCCUCGGAGCCGGUGCCUCUUUCCCCUGAGCUACAACAUCUCUUAUCAUGGGAAGCAGCCACAGACCGGUUCAUUGACUCAGCUGGUAUUGACAUGCUACCUCCCAAGGGCGCCAAGAAAUCCAGAUCAAAGACACCAGCACUGUUAGGUGAGGAAAUUGACCAGAAGACAAUGACGCUAUCGACAUCAUCACCUGAUCUUACUGAUAUUGUGGAUAAGGGUCUCUAUUUCGCACACUAUCUUAUGACUGGCUUUGAUCCAAUGCGGAAUCUUUUGGGAGCUCACCCCCAAACAAAGCACAUUGAUUCACAGCAUUGUAAGGAUUUGGGGUUGCCACCUCCCCACGUUCAAAGGCCUGUAUAUGGAUGGUAGAAAUAUUGAGCUAGAUUGCUGAUUGAUUCCAUAUGGAGAACGAAGAGGCUUGAUAGAAGCUUCUGCGGGAGUCAAAGGGUGUCGGGACAGAAGGUGGAGUGGUUUGGUCACACAUGAAGUUGCCGAACCUAGGUGAUUUUUGAAGACAACGUCGCUGAGACAAAUAGACUUGUUUGUUUUAGUUUUGCAAAAUAAAUAGCUUUCGUAGAAUUGCAACGGGACUAUAUAUUGAGUUGAGUAUUUGGUGCAAAAAUCGACAGGAUUAUGUGCGCACACAGCACUCAUUUGGUAUGAGCUUUGAGACGGUUUUGAAUAGAAUUUAGAGCAGUGUGGAUGUAGCGUUCUGUACAGUGGUGUUUUCAUCCCCUGCCCCGGCUGUUUGUAAAAUACAAUCUUUCUGAACGGUUUCAAAUUUUUUUCGCGCUAAAUGCCAAUUUCAUGUC